UAACCUUGUUAUGCAACAUUUGGCCGGAGGCCCAACACGUCACUCGCGCUGCCAUUUUUUGACUAUAAUAAAAUCCAGAAAAACAAAAACAAAUCAUUUGAAUUGAUUUGAUUUGAUUUAAAGAGAGUUUAGUGCAAAGAAGCAAAAAUGGAGUGAAAGAACAAUUUUCUGAUUUCGAUUGAGUCAACGCUCAUCACUAUCUCUCUCCCCAUUGGCUAUCGCUUCCAAAAUCUUCGGAAGCUAAGAAAAGCAGAGCAAUAAUCAAAUCAUGGUAGUAGGAACUGAAAACGUCGUCGUUCCCGUUGAUUCCGGCCACACCCGCCUCAACGAACUAGGUUACAAGCAAGAACUCAAGCGUGACCUCUCACUGUUAUCGAACUUUGCGUUCUCGUUCUCGAUAAUCUCGGUGUUGACUGGAGUAACGACGCUGUAUAAUAAUGGGUUGCAGUUUGGUGGACCGGUAGUGAUGGUGUACGGAUGGUUUAUAGCGGGGUUGUUUACGAUGAUUGUUGGAUUAUCAAUGGCGGAGAUUUGUUCAUCUUAUCCUACUUCUGGGGGUCUUUAUUAUUGGAGUGCUAAACUUGCUGGUCCUUCUUGGGCUCCCUUUGCAUCUUGGCUCACUGGCUGGUUCAACAUCGUUGGUCAGUGGGCUGUCACGACUAGUGUGGAUUUCUCUCUGGCACAGCUAAUUCAAGUGAUCAUUCUACUUAGUACUGGUGGUAAAAAUGGUGGUGGUUAUGAGGCAUCCAAAUAUGUUGUUAUUGGUUUCCAUGGUGGGAUUUUACUGUUGCACGCUAUCUUGAACAGUCUUCCUAUUUCAUGGUUAUCCUUCUUUGGACAGCUUGCUGCAGCAUGGAAUGUUGCAGGUGUGUUUGUCCUUAUGAUUGCCAUUCCUUUGGCUGCCAAGGAAAAAGCCAGUGCUGAGUUUGUUUUCACACACUUCAACACUGAUAAUGGUGAUGGUAUCAACAAUAGAGCUUACAUCUUCCUUAUUGGACUCCUGAUGAGCCAAUAUACACUGACAGGUUAUGAUGCAUCAGCUCACAUGACUGAGGAAACUAAGGAUGCAGAUAAGAAUGGACCUAAAGGAAUUAUUAGCGCAAUUGGUAUAUCAAUAAUCUUUGGAUGGGCUUACAUCAUUGGGAUCACCUUUGCAGUGACCGAUAUUCCUUACCUUUUAAGUAGCGAGAAUGAUGCUGGUGGUUAUGCCAUAGCUCAAGUAUUUUACCAAGCAUUUAAAAGUAGAUAUGGAACUGGAAUUGGAGGAAUAAUUUGCUUGUGUGUAGUUGCUGUGGCCAUAUUUUUCUGUGGCAUGAGCUCAGUUACCAGCAAUUCUAGGAUGGCUUAUGCAUUCUCAAGAGAUGGUGCCAUGCCUUUUUCACUAUUUUGGCAUAAAGUGAACCAGCAAGAGGUUCCUAUCAAUGCAGUGUGGAUGUCUGCUUUCAUCUCCUUCUGCAUGGCAUUGACGUCUCUUGGAAGCUUAGUGGCAUUUGAAGCGAUGGUAUCAAUAGCGACUAUUGGACUGUAUAUAGCUUAUGCAUUACCUAUCUUCUUUAGAGUCACCUUGGCUCGUAAUUCUUUCAACCCAGGGCCUUUCAAUCUGGGAAGAUAUGGGGUUAUUGUUGGUUGGAUUGCUGUAAUCUGGGUAAUCACUAUUUCUUUAUUGUUCUCUUUGCCUGUAGCCUAUCCUAUUAGCACGGAUACCCUCAAUUAUACACCUGUGGCUGUGGGUGGUUUGUUGAUCCUCACGGUUUCUGCAUGGGUUCUAAGAGCAAGACACUGGUUCAAAGGUCCUAUUACAAACAUACAUAAUUGAUUUGUCAUUUGUAUUUUUUUUUCUUUUUCUUUUUGUAGUUCUAUUUUUAACUUCACUGGAAAUACUUCAUGUCUCAGUUUCUAGCACAUCAAAUGAUAACUCCAUACUCAGA